AGCAGAGUUACCUCCAUCACUCCCUUUUCCUCUGAAGCACUUUCCAGCUUGUCCUGGUGUCCUUCAAUUAUUACCUUGGAAGCUUCAGUGAGAUUGGUGGAUGGAGUAAUCUACCAACGUAGUGAACCCAUCCAUGCCUCCUAUUGCCAGCUAAAGCCAAGUUUGGACUACAUUUUGAGUUUUUGAACGAUUUGCAGUUUCAAAAUGAAGAGGAAAAAAUCCAUUUUCCCCUUGUGCUUAUCAUAUCUUCUGGUCUUGGGCGUGGUGAAGGCUCAAUUUGGAUUUGAAGAAGAGGACGAGGGCUACCAGGGCAAGCUCAUUGGAACCUUCAACUCAUAUCAUCAUCAAGUAAAUGGAAAAGUGUAUGCCGUGGAUGAAUAUACCAUUCUCAUUAAGGAUUUUGUCUACGACGGGAACGGUGAGGAUACCUUCUUUUGGGCCGGUGGAUCCAACAGACCUGGGCCGCAAGGAUUUAUUGUCCCAGACGAAGCAGGAAGAACUAAUGUUCUCAAAAGGUACUUAAAUGAUCUCAUUACUAUCACUCUCCCGGACAAGAAGCGAGUGACAGAUAUCAAGUGGUUUGCCGUCUACGACCUUUCUCUGCACGAUACAUUCGGUGAUGUGUUCAUUCCAGAAGACUUUGAGCCACCGGGAAACCAAAUCCUUAGUGACAUAUUUGGUCGAAGCAACGGAGUUCGAGCGGAAAGUGUGGUCGUAAUGGACUCCAAAACCAUAAAGCUUGAAGGGUUUUCGUAUGAUGGACUUGGGGGCGACGUCUACUUUUGGGUUGGAAUUGGUCCUCAGCCCUCAUCUAAAGGGCAUCAAGUUCCAGACGAGCUGGGAUAUUUCUCCCCUCUUCGGAAAUACGAUCAAGAGGACAUAUACCUCCAAUUACCAGGCGAGAGCACCGUCUUUGACAUCCGCUGGUUUGCCAUUUACGACAAGGCCAAUAAGCGAGAUCUCGGCCAUUUAAUCAUACCCGACGGAUUGAACGUGCCACCCUCUCUGGUAGAUAUUGUGCAUCAUGAGACCACUUUACCCAACUGUGAGAUGCUUCACACAAACCUCCUCAUUGCUUGGUCUACAUUUGCACCUUCCAUUACCAUUGAACUAGCCGCAAUGAUUGACGAGAAUGACUAUAUUGGCUUUGGGGUGUCCGGAGAACAGGGGAAGUCUGUCAUGUUAGGGUCUGAUGUGGCCGUGGGGUACAUUGAUGGUUACUUGGGUCUUGUUGACGACUAUAACAUCACCGCUAAGUCUCCGUGCAGUGGAGUUUUGGGCGUCAAACGGGGCGUGUGCCGAGACAAUGUGGUCAAGGGGAAUGACAACAAUCAGAUUCAGACCCAUGCCAGGAAGGAUGGAGUUACCACUAUCACUUAUCGGAGAACCUUGAAAACCUUAUCCGACCCAGGGGACCUACCUUUGAAUGAAGAUGGUGAUACCAGCAUCAUAUGGGCCCUUGGAAAAUUGGCGCGGAACGGCAGAAAUUUGGAGCCCAGCUUUCAUCACACCUAUCCCAAGCAGCACGUCACGAUCAACUUUGCCCGGACGGAGAGCCAAAACAACUGCAAGCCAUUCACGAAGGACAACCGAAGCAAGACAAAGAAGGAGAUUUGGGGGCCUUUUAGGAUUUUCGACCCCACCCUGCGUUCCUUUGAUGCUCGCUUAGGUCCAUCAGGACUCUCCAAAGGUUACACUGGAACCACAGGACUGCCAUCUGUGGGUCUGGCUUGGUACGUGAACGGCUACAUGACUCCCGAGCUCUACUUGAGGCGGGGUCUCACGUACGCAUUUAGAGUGGAGGGUGGCAACGAUCCAUACUCUCCAGACUACUAUCAUCCGUUCGUCAUCACAAGUGAUGCCACAGGAGGGUUCGAAAGAUUCUCCGAUGAGCAGAAGAGUGAGGUGCGGAUACUCGCCGGAGUAGAGUUCACUCGGCGGGGAGUGGUCCGAACCACGGCCUCUGGUCGCCUCUGUCUUUGGAAACACCGACCCGGAGAGGACCGACGACUAGAUGACAAUUACUUAACGUUCGAGCGGUACCGUAAUUCGUUGCAAUUAGAGUGCGAAGAGGGAGAGGCAGCUAUCCUGGAAGUUACUCCCAAUGUCACUUGGCCGGAUGUUGUGUAUUACCAGAGCUUCACACACCCUUACAUGGGAUGGAAGAUUAAUAUCGUAGACAAUUUCAAUUCGCGAUAUUUGCUCAAUGGAAGCGUUCGGGUUGCUAUCGUUCCCGGAGCUUUGGCGUGCUCUUGGAUAGGUUUGCUCAUGUGGCGAGUAAUCUACAACUAAGUGGGUGGAUAGGACCGUCGCUAAAUUUGUCUGUGAUGUCACUGUUAUCCUUUGAAUUGCACUAGAAUGUUCGUUGAAAAAAGAAAUAAAGAGUGUUAAAACCA